AUGUUAUUGUCAAUAAAGAGGCCCAAUAAAAAGUUGAAAAAUCGAGGAAGCACAGACGUCAAAAAUACUCUAGGAGACAGAUAUCAACAUAUCAGGGCGUUACUGUAUCACUAAAGUGAUCAGCCUGUGUUGAUUUAAUUCGUAUUAGCUUCCUGGAAGCUCGAGAUUACUCGGUCCAUAACUUGACGGGUAUUUGCAACGGGACCCUGGCAGCCGAUUGGCCAUUGGAGACAAAGUUCUUGCUUGCAACAUUCGCGUCUUUUUUAAUUUAGUUACAUUUAAACCGAAAAACACCUCAAAGGAACAUACAGACGAUAGAAUUACUGGAACAAAGACGGAAGAAGCUAUGGCCUUCACAAAGUCCAAUAAACUUGUGGAAUAGAAUGAUGUAGCAUGAGAACACAAAAUCAGUUAAAGAUGGAGACCGAUCAGACAGAAUACCGUGAUGUAAAAGUUGUGAUAGUCUACGAGAGAAAACCUUCCAAAACAUUUAAAUUUUGUGUGGAUGACACAGUGUGGACCGCAAAGCAGGCCGUCCUCUUGGAGUUUUCAUCAUUGAAUCUCACAGAUCCUCUUAACUAUGGCUUCUACAUGCCACCUUUCAAAGGCAAAGCCGGGAAGUUCUUGGACGAAGAACGUCCUCUCCGGGACUACCCAGCUGAAAGCUAUGGUGAACACUUGGAGUUCCGCUACAAGAGACGAAUUUAUCGUGCACUGAACAUGGACGAGAAAAAGCUGCAAAAGUACCAGUCAAAGAGCUACCAAAAGAAGUUCUUUGAAUGUCUAAUGACAGGAAACACAGAAAAAUCGAAAAAGUUUCUUGAAAAAGGGCUUGAUCCAAAUUUUCAAAAUGAAUACACUGGAGAAACGCCUCUUACAGCAAUGAUUAUGCUGCCGAAUUCGUUCGAAGCCUGCAUGAUGCUGGUCAAUUUUGGUGCCCAACUUGAUUACCGUUCUGCUGAUGGCAUGACCGCGAUGCAUAAAGCCGUGCUAAAUAGCAGAGCUGACAGCAUUUCGUUUCUUUUGGAUCUUGGUGCCUCUCCAAACUACAAAGAUGCCAAGGGCUUAACUGCACUUUGGCAUGGUAUUUUGUCAGCUGCUACAGAUCAUUGCUGUGAGCUUCUUCUUAAUGAGCGCUCUAUUCUCGGAGCAUGCGACCAUCAAGGCACACAAGAGAUCCAUUUAGCUUGCAGGAAGGGCCUCGAUAAGCAUCUUGAGCAUCUGAUUUUUUACCGUGCAAAUUUGAAUUGUCGAACAGCCACAGGUAAUACUCCACUUCAUAUUUGUGCUAUUGGAAAUCAAUUGAACUGUGCCCGGAUUCUUCUUUUUCGUGGUGCAGACCGGACAGUUCUUAACUACGCCAAUCAAAGCGCAUACGAAAAUGCGAUAUUGUCCGGAAAUCACGAAAUUGCUACUUUGAUUGAGGAGUUUGACAACAAUCAAGUAACACCGUUCCAAGAAAAGCCCGUUUACAGCCGUCGGCGGAGGGUGCGCACCGCACAUCCAUCACAACAGAUCUCCAGCACCCACGAAACGGUGCCGGAACACAAAGAGCUUCCCCGCAGCGCUACCGUUUCCAGUAGGGUUGAAUUGGAUCAGCAAAAGGCCAGUAAAGACGCCAUGUUUUUAAAGAGUUCCAAAAAGACUACCAACAACAACUUGGCGGUCGAACAUAAGGCAGGAGACACCGACGAUUCUGCAUCAGACCUCUCUGACAGCGAUGACGAGAGCACAAACAAGCACAAGAAAGUUGACCGUAGGACGUUUUCGACUGGUGCUAUGUCGAAAAAAGCUCCAGCCCCAAUCAAAGCCGGCCCAAGUACCAAAUCACAGCUGAAAAGUCGCCUGUACCAAAGUAUACCUGGACGGCAGUUUAUAGCUGUUGUCGAUUAUCAACCCCAGGCCCCUGGAGAACUUGCUUUGGAAAAGGGUGAUUCUGUGGAGGUGCUUUUCAUUGGCGAGCAGGGGUUCUGGGAAGGUCGGGUUAAGGAACGCACAGGCUGGUUUCCAAGUGCAUGUUUACAAGAGUUGAAGAAGACCAAUAAGAAGGAAAAUUAUAGAACAUGGUUUGGUAAGAAAUCAGGUAACAAGGGCCUCUUCGAGAAGCCUUCAAAGCUAGACUUAGCAGUGCCGAGGAUAGUGCAUUUCAGAAAGGGAGAUAAAGGUUUUGGUUUUCAGCUUCGUGGCGCAAACUCUCAUGCUGUACGGAUCGAGUUCACGCCGACACCGGAGUUUCCUGCUUUGCAGUACAUCGGUGAGGUGGACAAAGGUGGAACAGCUGAUAAGAUAGGUUUGAAACCAGGUGACUUCGUUUUGGAAGUGAAUGGCGAGGACGUCACAAAUGCAACUCAUGGGUAUGUUGUUUCGUUAGUCGCAAAUACUGGUAAAGCAUUGUCACUAAAAGUUAUUACUGUAACGCCGCAGUCAUUUUCUCCUGAAUUGCUGGUCGCCUCUCCGAAAUUGAGUAAGUCAACCCAAUCGAAAAACAACGAGGAGAAAUUACCCCAAAAAGAUACAAAGAAAACACCACCCCCACCCCCACCAAGAUCCCAGUACUCUAGUAUGACAGUUGGACAUUUAGGUGGGGGCAGCUCAUUGCCUGACUGUCAUAUUUUGCCGGCUAAUGUUGACACGGUUAUGACGCUUGAUAAAAAAGUGCAAAGAAAACGAUCGGUGAAAAGCAUGUGGUCUGACACUGCUCUGAAGUUGCACCCAGAUAACACAAGAACCGAGGAAAUAUCGAAAGGCGUUGUUCGUAAAACGAAAGGUGUUUCGAUGAGUAUGCUUGAAGAAAAUACAGGGCUUAGUCAGCGUUCAGGAUCGGUUUCGUCGAAUUCGGCAUGCUCGACUCCUAAUGUUAACAAUACCUCGCAUUUUGCAACGUUGCCACGACGGUUUUCGCGUAGUUCGAGUCAAAAUAGUGACGAAACAGCGUCUUCAGAUUCGAAUGCUCGUCCCCAGCCACCAGGUUACGAAGCAACUCUCGAAACUUGGCGUCGAGUUGGUAGAAAACCAUCUUUUCAAAGAGGUGAUUCAGAGCGUAAACUUGUCGCAAAAGCGGAUCCAGUAACGAAACCUGACGCAAGAGACAGAACGGAAAGCUCCGGGAGUGAUGUUUUUCCGCCGCCGCCAACAAUGAUCCCGGCAGCACCGUCGUACUCACCACCUCCACCACCACCAGAAGAAACGCAUCCUUCAACAAGCAGAUCGCUAUCAGUGCCUGCAACGGUAGAAAACCCACCGCGCGCGCCUGCCACUAGAACAGCUUCAGAACCAACUGGUCCACAGAGCCAGUCAUCUGAUGAAGAUGAACCAACUAGUGAUUUCGCAUUAGCGUUACGAAACGUUGUCAAGGCUCGUAAACAGCGAAACAGGAGUUCAAAGUUAUCUAUUGAUGAAACUGUAGCUCAAAGGAGAAAAGACCAGGGUCUGCAUGUUAUAAAUGAAAACGAACCCGUGCGCUCUUCAGGUAUACCAAAAUCGUCUAGUGCUGAUACAGUUCUGCAAACCAAAGAUAGCAAAAAUCCGGACUAUCAUAAUCUUUACGCCGCAAGUAGUACUUCGAGUCUGGACACCCAGAUAUCGAAGGAUUCCGGAAUCGAUGUCAGUGAUGUUUUAGGGCAAGCCCCCGGCGAACAGCCUCCAGAUCUUGCGUCAGCACUUGCUAAUGCAGUUGCUAGACGGGCGGAGAAGAUAGCAAAGAAUGGCUCAACAACCAAGACACAGGGGCCAAGCACUGUUUCCUCUGUGAAUCAACAUAAUAUAGAUAAGGGAUUCCUAGGAGUAAAAUUGAAAUCUGUUAAUAAAGAAUCGUGUGUCAAGGCACCAGCUCAGGAUCAAGUAAAACAUAAUGCAGAUAUUAGCAACAAGGGGCCCCCUCCUAUUAGGCCUAAACCACAAUCUCGGGCCUCUUGUGAUGAUCUGAAUGUCGUAGCUGAAAGUAUUAAUGCUUCCAGUUCUUCUAUCGUUGCGGAGCCCUCUUCACAAGAGCAAAAACAACCUGAAACGAGGCUGGCUGCGCAGGCUGAAACGAGGUCGGAUAUAGUAACCCCGCCGUUGAUGUUUGCGUCUGCUAAUUCUGUCAAUGAAAGCAACGAAGGGCCCCAUCUUGAUUCCAUGGAUGGUGUACCGCAAGAACCACCUCUGAGCCCUUUGCCCCCGCCACCAUCGGAGUUCAUGAACAACAUGGAGAGCUUUCCACAGGAUAUUUCAAAGACUGCGCCCGUGAUGACAAAUAUGGCGGCGGAUCCUCCACCACCGUAUUCACCGCCAAGGGUGAAAAGUGACCUACCGGCCUCAAUUUCUAAUAAACCGUACCCGGAAUGGAAUUCAGAAGAGGUCGGUUUUUGGCUGGACUAUAUCAAUAUGGGGCAGUACAAAGUUAGUUUUUUAGAAAAUGAUAUUCAAGGUUUGCAUCUAGCUGAUUUGUCCAAAGACGAUUUGUCCGAACUUGGAGUUAAAAAGCUUGGACAUCGCCUCACUAUAGACGAUGCAAUUGGUAAACUACGGAACCAGUUGCAAUUUUCCGAAUUGUCUAUUGAUGAAACUGUAGCUCAAAGGAGAAAAGACCAGGGUCUGCAUGUUAUAAAUGAAAACGAACCCGUGCGCUCUUCAGGUAUACCAAAAUCGUCUAGUGCUGAUACAGUUCUGCAAACCAAAGAUAGCAAAAAUCCGGACUAUCAUAAUCUUUACGCCGCAAGUAGUACUUCGAGUCUGGACACCCAGAUAUCGAAGGAUUCCGGAAUCGAUGUCAGUGAUGUUUUAGGGCAAGCCCCCGGCGAACAGCCUCCAGAUCUUGCGUCAGCACUUGCUAAUGCAGUUGCUAGACGGGCGGAGAAGAUAGCAAAGAACGGCUCAACAACCAAGACACAGGGGCCAAGCACUGUUUCCUCUGUGAAUCAACAUAAUAUAGAUAAGGGAUUCCUAGGAGUAAAGUUGAAAUCUGUUAAUAAAGAAUCGUGUGUCAAGGCACCAGCUCAGGAUCCAGUAAAACAUAAUGCAGAUAUUAGCAACAAGGGGCCCCCUCCUAUUAGGCCUAAACCACAAUCUCGGGCCUCUUGUGAUGAUCUGAAUGUCGUAGCUGAAAGUAUUAAUGCUUCCAGUUCUUCUAUCGUUGCGGAGCCCUCUUCACAAGAGCAAAAACAACCUGAAACGAGGCUGGCUGCGCAGGCUGAAACGAGGUCGGAUAUAGUAACCCCGCCGUUAAUGUUUGCGUCUGCUAAUUCUGUCAAUGAAAGCAACGAAGGGCCCCAUCUUGAUUCCAUGGAUGGUGUACCGCAAGAACCACCUCUGAGCCCUUUGCCCCCGCCACCAUCGGAGUUCAUGAACAACAUGGAGAGCUUUCCACAGGAUAUUUCAAAGACUGCGCCCGUGAUGACAAAUAUGGCGGCGGAUCCUCCACCACCGUAUUCACCGCCAAGGGUGAAAAGUGACCUACCGGCCUCAAUUUCUAAUAAACCGUACCCGGAAUGGAAUUCAGAAGAGGUCGGUUUUUGGCUGGACUAUAUCAAUAUGGGGCAGUACAAAGUUAGUUUUUUAGAAAAUGAUAUUCAAGGUUUGCAUCUAGCUGAUUUGUCCAAAGACGAUUUGUCCGAACUUGGAGUUAAAAAGCUUGGACAUCGCCUCACUAUAGACGAUGCAAUUGGUAAACUACGGAACCAGUUGCAAUUUUCCGAAGUUUGAUUUUAUUGAUCCGGACAAUCUUAUUGCCCAUGGAUAUAUUAAACCUGAAUCAGAGAUCCACGAGAUGUAUUUAUGAAAAGAUUUUAGGACUCAACGGACUUCGCCAAGGGACGUUUAUACUUAAUUCGGGGUAUGUCGAUACAUUUUGUCGAUUUUUACAUCGAGGUAUAAUAAUGGUAUUGCUUAAAUUGUAUGAUGAGGGUUUUUGUAUAUUGGUUGAAGAAGUAUUGUGUGGACUUUUAUAGAUUUUUUUUAUUUUUGUAUUUUGAAUUAGAUGAUUUUAUUAAAGGAACUGCGCGUACGAAUGACCCCCCCCCCCACCCCUUCCAUGCCGCCUAACCUUUUCCAAUAAUGCAGCAAUGCAUUUUGAGCUGUGAUGGUCUAUGGAGUAUGACAUCGGAUUGUGAUUAUUCAAAGACGAAUUCGCUAACUCAGAAAGUUCUUGACUUCCUAAGCUUAAGAAGAAGCUACUGGUAAAAUAUUAGUUUUAAUGGGAAUGUUGUUAGUUAAAAUUUCCAGCAUAUUAAAAGAAUUCCUUUAUUUGGUACUUGUGUUGGCCCUCGGGAGGCCAACAGCCUGUUAACAACCAUCCCUGCAUUAAAAGGAGAAUAUUCAAAGAGAGACUCAAAAUUGGUUAUAUUUUAGAUUGAUUGACAUUUUAAGUUUUGCCUACAGUCCAUCUAUAAAUAUCAAAUAUUUUUAAUAAUUUUGAGGCAUAGAAAAAGAAGUGUGUACUGUAAAAAAUGAAAUAAGCUUAGGUUUUCCCAAGAUCCGAGAUAUCUUGUGAAUACCGCUUAAACAUAGUGGCUUCUCUAUGAAACAGUAGGGUUUUAUUUCCAGUCAUUUAAUUGGGCGUUCAAUUCGCAGUCGUCGUUCGUCUUUCUUAGUGCUUUGAUUUGUUUAAACUGUGACCGGUAGUGAAUGAGUAAGUUGGCAGAAAAUAUUAAGAAUGGGUAUCGAUGGCAAUUAGGCUGACAAUAAACUGUAUAAUUGUGGUUUCUUGCAAGCACCCCACUUCGUGAGUCAUGUUUGUAGAAUGCCUAAGUGCUCUAGCUAUAUGAGGUCAAGCUCAGCGUUUUAUCUCAUUAAUGCUAUUUUGGCAAUUUCUCCAGUUAUAAAGGGGCAAAUUCUAUUUGGGGGGGGGGGUUGCAAGCGGACUCAUGAAAUUGGGUGCAGGUAGCUAAUUUCUUGGAUUUAGGCGGAUAUUUUUAAAUAUUGUCAUUAAUCAAUUAAUCAGCUGGUAACAUGAUCGUUUUGUUUUGAAAGAAUAUUAAUUGAUACAUCAUAAUUAUAUUUUCUCGAGGUAUCGUUAA